AUGGGUAUCCAUGAAGAUGCUCGCAGAGGGACUUUGACCGAGGCAAGGCUCGAAAAGUACCUCGACGCAGAUUGGACUAUUCUCGACCAGCGAGACUCGGUCGAAGGUCUGACACCACUUGGGGCUGCCACGGUAGGAGGACACGCCGACGAGGUCCUGUUGCUUCUCAAAAGCGGGGCAAAAGCAGACAUUCUCUCCAGAGAUGGUGCAACAUCUCUCCUCCUUGCCGCAUCAAGAACUGAGAAGAACCGUGCUCGCAUCAUCCAAUUGCUCCUGGCGAAGACACCUUCCAAUGCCAUUGACGCAACAACCGCAGCAGUCGGAAACAAUACACCAUUGAUGUUCGUUGUGCUGAAGAAGGAUGCCGAAUCUAUCAGGCUACUUCGAAAGGCCAGAGCAUCAGUGACACUGACAAACGAUGAUGGUCACACCGCGAAAUUCUUGGCCGAUAGUACUUACGACAGGGUUGUUAUCCGCGCCCUCAACCCAGAAAAGGAGCAGAGUGACUUCUCCAAGUUAAUCGACAUGGUUGUCGGACUACUCCUGUUUGUUGUUGCAUGGGUCAACAAGGUCGCUGAUGAUGUCGUCCGUCGGGCGUACGGUAUACAUAUCGACCUCAACGAGGCCUGGGAUCAGGCUGUGAACCGUGGCGAGGAUCCGACCACGGUCGAAUUCGUGGAAAAGGUCGACGAGGUUGUCAAGGACUCCCCCAUAGAGCGUUUCUUCGAAGGCAAGGAAGACUUUGUCCGUGAAGUGGCAAAGAACGCUGUCGAGUUGCAAAAUGACACGACGACAUCUCUCGGCAGUUCAGAGCUUUUACCCAAGACUAUCAAGGUGUCAUUGCAUCAACAAGUCAUCUAUUGUGAUGACAGCGGCUCUAUGAGACGCGAAGAUCGCUGGGAUUCUCAAACAAACCUCGUUGAGCGCAUUGCCAAAGUCACCACUCGGGUCCUCCCUGAGGGUGAAGGCGUUGCUCUUCGAUUCAUCAAUCAGGACGUGCCCAACUCGUCGAAUCUGAGCCUCGAAGAUGUUGCCAAUAUCCUGGGACCCAUGAAGUGGUCGAAUAGUGGGAAUACCGAUAUCGGCACCAACCUGAGAUCCAAGAUCCUGCAGCCACUUGUCUACGACAAGCUCGAUUCGGUGCCGAGGAGGCUCGAGAGACCACUGCUCAUCUCUAUUCUCACCGAUGGUGGGCCUGAACCGGAGCCAGAACCUACGUUGAAAAAUGCCAUUGUAGAGUGCAGCCAGCGGCUGGAUGCUGCCAAUUAUCCCCGUGAAAGUGUGAAGUUUAUGAUCGGUCAAAUUGGGACUUCGAAAUUCGCGACAAGGUUCCUGCAGACUAUCAGAGAGAGUGCAGAGAUUGCGGAUAUGGUGUACUGUACUUCAGAUCAACUCGAUGAAAGAUUCAAAAGGGAGUAUGACAACCAAGCCAAUCUAGAUCGAUGGCUAAUCGAGACCUUGUUCGAGCCACUCAAAGACCGGAAGAAGAAGUUGGAGGUCGCCAAACUGCAGCUCAACAUCAGCGACCUCUCCCCCUUCAACAUCCUCCUUCUCGUCGUCGUGCUCACCAUGGCUUUCCAAAUGCCUUCAUUCCUCUCACGCUUCCUCCGCCCAUUGAGCUCUGCGGCAUCAAUGUCCCUCCAACCCGAUGCCCUAGCAGCUAUGCAAUUCCCUCCCAACUCACAGAGAGCCAUCUUCGCUGGCGGGUGCUUUUGGGGUCUGGAGGAGUUAUACCGCAAGACGUUCGGCGACGGCAAGGGUCUUUUGGACUGCAGAGUUGGAUACACCGGUGGCCAAUCCAAGGCACCGAGCUACGCCGAAGUCUGCUCCGGACGAACUGGCCACGCCGAAUCCCUCCUGAUCGUCUUCGACCCGGAACGUCUUUCGUACAGGCAACUCUGCGAGUUCUUCUUCAGGAUGCACGAUCCGACCACCCUGAACCGACAGGGUGCCGACACCGGCACGCAGUAUCGCUCUGCGAUUUUCGCCGAGAACGACGAGCAACUCCAGAUUGCCGAGGAGAUCAAGAAGAAGGUCGGCGAACAGUGGUACAAGGGAAAGAACAUCACCACGGAGAUUAAGAGAGCGACGCAGUGGUAUGAUGCAGAGGCUUACCAUCAAAAAUAUUUGAUCCCAGAGCCUGGAAAGGACACAUCGGGAUUGUACCACUGCCCUGCGCAUUAUCGACGACCAUUCCCUGAUCUGGUGUAA